CACACUAAAAUGAGCAAAAUAAACUUAAUUAUAUUACAAACACAAAACUGUUUGAACUCUUAGUGAUUGUUAUUAAGUGUUAAUUAUAAAUAAUGCAUCUCCAUUUCGAGAGGAACGUGAACGCUAAGUGUGACUGCACCAUACUAUCUUUAUCAUGGAUGGGGAAGGUUCCUGACGAGCUGCCCGAGGAGGAAGGAUGGAAACUGAACCGCAACAACUACUACCAAGAAGGCUGGCUGGCGACGGGCAACGUGCGUGGCGUCGUCGGCGUGACGUUCACGUCGUCGCACGCGCGACGCCCCCACGAGCUGCCUCAGCGCACCAACUACAACCUGCGUGGGCACAGAUCUGAUGUGAUCCUAGUGAAAUGGAACGAGCCCUACCAGAAGCUAGCGUCAUGCGACAGUUCUGGCGUGAUCUUCGUCUGGAUCAAGUACGAAGGCCGAUGGAGUAUAGAGCUGAUCAACGACAGGAGCACACCCGUCACACACUUCUCCUGGUCGCAUGACGGCCGUAUGGCGCUCAUCUGUUACCAGGACGGCUUCGUGCUCGUGGGUUCUGUGGCGGGCCAGCGCUACUGGUCAUCUAUGCUGUCUCUGGACGCCCGGAUCACCUGCGGCUGCUGGACGCCGGACGACGGGCAGGUGUACCUCGGGACGGCGUCCGCGCAGCUGGUCGUCAUGGACGUGCACGGCGCUAUGGUGUCGCAGGUCCAGCUAGUGACAUACCACCCCAACGAGGGGGGUAUACUGUCGAUGGCGUGGUCGUGCGAGAAAUUCAAGAUGGAGGAGGGGGAGGAGGGGGGAGAAAAUAGCGGCGGACACGUGCUGGCGGUCGCUUUGGGCAACGGCGAUAUAGUGUUGCUCAGCGGGCACGAGGACGUGUUCCCAAAACGCGUGCGCACAGGCAUGCGCGGGCCUACUGUCGCCAUGGAGUGGGCGAACUCUCGCGAACUCCUCGCUGUGGCUGGGACCCUUCUGCCCGAGGGGUCGGAGCCCCCGGACGCGCCGCCCUACAAGAACGUGGUGAAGUUCUUCUCCGACACCGGCGCUCUCAUCUACACUGUACCCAUCCCUUAUACUCAGGCUCGCGUGACGGCGCUGACAUGGGGCCACGCGGCGCGCCGACUUUUUGUCGGCGUCGGCGGCGCGGUGUGCACGGCGCGAGUGUGGCGCGUCGUCGCGCCGCUACAGCUUCUCGCACGCGUGCGGGCGGCGCAGGCGUUGCGAGACCCGCGAGCCGCCGCUCGCUUGCCGAUCCCGCCGCGGCUGCAGCCUGCGCUGGCUAACCUGUUCGCGCAUACUAUACGGUGCAACGUGCCGGAACCCCUCGAGCUGCGUCGCUUCGUCUCCCGGCCGCCAGGGGGCGCCAACAGCGGCAGCGGCACCCGACUGCACUGCACCAUGUUGAGGCAUGAUGAUGAGGAAGCCGGCUACACCCUGUAUCUUGAACAUCUGGGGGGAUUGGUGCCUCUGCUAAAGGGGAGGCGGACGAGUAAGAUUAGGCCGGAGUUUGUCAUCUUUGAUCCUCAAGGCGAAGAGAGCGUGAUUCGCAACGCGUGCGUCCGUGAGAGCAGCAGUAGCAGCAGCGGUGCUGGCAGCUCGUCUAGCAGCGCCGGCAGCGGAGCUGGCCGCGCCUCGCCGAUGAAACACUCGGACUCCUCCGACAGUGACCGAGAAGAAGGUACAAUGUUCAUACUACAGAGGGCAUCCGCAACGCCUGUGUGCGUGAGAGCAACAGAAAUAGAAAUAAGCUGUAGCGGGUCGCCGCGCAUGCAGCGGCGGCGGCGCGCGCGCACGCGGCGCAAGCUGCGCGCCGAGCGAGACGACGCGGCCGACGACCUCGCCUACAUCGACUCGCUGCCCGAGGACGUACGAUUAGUAGAAGUAACCUCUAACAUCUGGGGCACCAAGUUCAAGAUGCACGGGCUCGUGAAGAACGUGCCGGCCAACCUCGGGCAGGUGACGUACAAGACGUCGCUGCUGCACCUGCAGCCGCGCCAGAUGACGCUCACCAUCGCCGAGCUGCGCGACGACCAGGCGCCCGCGCCCGACCCCAACUUCAACCCCAACAUCUUCUCCGAGGACGAGGAGGACGUGUUCCCCGACCGGCGCAGCGCGCGCGCCGACCGCGCCAACUCCAACGUGCCCGGCGCCAAGCCCGCGCCCGACCUCGCCAACCACAACAACAACGCGCACGCGUCGCUCGCGCGCGCCGAGUCCUACGACGAGUUCCCGUACAUCGACACCGCCGAGCCCGCGCCGCUGCGCCGCGUGGCCACGCCGCCCGUGCCCAGCCGCCACGCCAUCUCGCCGCUGCGCUGUGAGGGCUCCGUGCCCACGCUGCAGUCCCCCAAGAACGCCGUCGCGCCCACCGACAUCAUCUUCGAGCGGCCCUCCCCGCAGGCCGUCUCCUGCGGCGGCCGCGGCGACUUCUGCGGCGGCCGCGCCGACUACGCCGUCCGCGGCGACAACGUCUCCUUGAAGGGAAACCUGUCCAACAUAGACCAGCAGUUCAGCCUCAAUCUCAGCUUACAGCAACCCGGCCGGCAGGUCACGAUACAGAAAUGCGACAGCCACGUCACCGACAACUGCCUCUCGAAACUCCGCAAAAACAUCUGCGCGCGCGGCGAGUCCGCCUCCUACGAGAUGAACACGAGGAUACUCAAAUCCCUCUGCAACAAGAACUACGAGCACGAGGUCCACCCGGACGCGAUGGGCAGACGGGACACGCUCAGGAGUCUCCAGAAGGGCGAGGACUUGAAGUUCAUCGACGAGGAGACGCCGGUGGAGCCGAGCGGCGCGGGCUCGCGCGUGCAGCGCACCACGACCGUCGUGCCGAUCAGCCCCGUGUGCGGCAGCGUGCCCGUGUACGACACGAUGACGCGCAGCUGCAGCGUCGGCUACCUCGACAUGGUGGACCCGGCCGUGCUGCACUCGCGCGUGUCGGUGGCGGCGCUGCGCGAGCCGCCGCGCCGCCUCGUGCUCGUCGGCGACUCGGGCCGCCGCCGCCGCCGCCGCCGCGAGCGCCACCACGACGCCAACAAGCCGACUCUGAAGAAGUGCGGCAAAUCGAGGAGCCUCGACUCGAGCGAGCUGUCGCUGGAGAAGAAGCAGACUCGGCAGUCGCGGCUGGACACGCUGGAGCCGCUCGCGGCGGCGAGCCCGGAGCGCGGCGCGACGCGGCGGCGCGACUACCCGGUGUGCACGGCGUGCCGGCUGGUGUCGCCGUACGACCGGCGCGACGUGGACGCGGCCACGUACGUGUGCGUGGCGUGCUCGCCGCCCGCGCCCGUGCCGCCCGCGCCCGUGCCGCCCGAGCCGCGCGUGACCAACACCGACAGCGACUCCGACUACAGCAAGUAUUAUAGUUCGCUGGAGCAGCUAGCGCUGCGGCUGUUGGCGUCCCGCUCGCGCAGCUCGCGCGAGAGAGAGAGCAGCUCGGCGCCCGCGUCGCCCCGCCCCGCGCGCUCCACCCCCGCGUCGCCCGCGCCCGCGCCGCGCCGCACCAGAUACUCCUCCGCCUCGCCUAUUAGACAACUUCUAAAUUCGCCACUCCUGUCGCGGCGGCGUAAGAAGCCGUCAGAGAGCUCUGACGACGAGAACUCAGGCUACAGCGAGGUCAACGGCCGCAACUACCGCGACCUCGAGAGCUUCCAGAAGGCUCAGCUUAGGAACAAGUUAAAACGCGCCGGCGGCACGGCGGCAGCAGCGUCUGAACCCCCACGCCCCGGGCCCAGGAGGCAGCUGGUCAUGCACAACAAGGCGCCCAUGUGGAACGAGAACAGCCAGGUCUACCAACUCGACUUCGGCGGCCGCGUCACCCAGGAGUCGGCCAAGAACUUCCAGAUCGAGUACCACGGGAAACAGGUGAUGCAGUUCGGGAGAAUCGACGGCAACGCGUACACGCUCGACUUCCAGUACCCGUUCUCAGCGCUGCAGGCCUUCGCUGUGGCCCUCGCCAACGUCACGCAGCGCCUCAAGUGAACGACAUGCCACUGCUAAUCCUAGCGUACGGUCACCAGUCCUCGCGAGGUCGUAGUCAUCUUGUUAUGCCAUGGAACUACCCGUUCUCAGCGCUGCAGGCCUUCGCUAUAGCCCUCGUCGAUGUCAGGCAGCGCCUCAAGUAAACGACAUGCCACUGCUAACGCUAUGGUCACCAGUCCUUGCGACAUCGUCGUAGUCAUCUUAUCAUGCCAUGGAACUACCCAUUCUCAGCGCUGCAAGCCUUCGCCGUGGCCCUCGCUAACGUCACGCAGCGCCUCAAGUGAACGACAUGCCACUGCCAUUGCCAGCGUACGGUCACCAGUCCUCGCGACGUCGUCAUAAUCAUCUUAUUGAGCCAUCCGUUCUCAGCGCUGUAGGCCUUCGCCUCAAGUGAACAACACAAUGAUAUUAAUGCUAUCGCUACGGUCACCCCUGGCUACGUCAUCUAACAAUAAGCCAUCAUGUUAGGUACCUAUUCCAUUGGGCCUGACAAAGUAGUAAAUCGUAAUAUAAUUUAUAGGAUUUGGGAAGUUUUGCAAUACGCAAAGACAGUUGAAGAUGCUUUUAUAUGCGUGAAUUUACAAAAUACCCAUAUUUUUAUGCUGCAAACUUCAUUGGGUACUUCAAACCGAACGUAAUUUUUUGAUCGGUCACAAUCAUUCUUUGAGUCUCUGGCAUGCAUAUAAAGUUAUAAGAGAUGAUCGGUAAUGGACUAUAAGUGUGAUCUCCAAGUAGAAAAUAUGAAUUUUGGCGCUAUAUUUACAAAUUUUCCGCCAAAUACCUUUAAGUCAGUAUUCAGUGUGUUUUCUUAGUUAACACUGGAUAUCGAAUAAGUGAAAGUAUGGUCGUGACUUGCUAACUAUGCUGCUUUAUAUCAAUCUCAACAAUGUAAAGUUCCGUACAGUACUAGGAUCCUUAAGAUGAAAUUUUUGGUGAAAACGUCCGUAUUGUAUUUGAAGAAUAAGGACCCUUUUGUGUUCGAAAGACAUAAAUGUGCCAUAACUAGCACUCUCUGUAGGCCUAGCACAUGAUUUCCGCGAGAGUAUGUCGCCGCAAGAUA